GGCGUGGUGUUGACUGAUGCAGGCGAUGGCAGCUGGUUUUGGCUGCUUUUUGGGCACUUUGCUGCAGCAGCAGAUCGUUACCCCAGUCCACAUCGGCCCUGCAGCUGAUGCGCCAGCACCAGGACUGAAGGACCGCUUCCUCCGACUGGGCGUCGCAUUCUGCACGUCGUGUGCACGGUUGUAGUGCUGGCACUGCUGGCCUCAUCAACAACAACGCCGCACACGUACUCUUCUCAACAUACGCAAGCAUGAUCCUGACCAUCUACAGCGUGGCCUACCUGAUGGUGCCACCCCUGAAGCAGGCUUGGUUCCAGCCCAGCUCAACGCUCAGCGCUUACGCAAAAGUUGUUGAAGGCCUCCACAAGUCGCUCCAGAACUGGCGAUCUGAGUCAGCGUCUCUGUUGGCUGCACCUAUCAUCUUCAUCCUGGUGGGUGGCGGGGUGGCCAUUAUGUACUGGGUUGAGACUUGCCAGGGUCUGGUUAGCAACGUCUAAUGGUUUGUGUGGUUGAGCUUGACGUUACUGCUGGACGUGAUUUUUUGGCGGGUGGUGCCUGUUCAACCCGACCCCAGCUAUGUCUGGGAGAUGAGGUGGUUUCGAACCAACCUUCGGCCUCAGACAGUUACAACGCGUGGUGGGGCUCAGCCCUUCAUGGGAGAACACGCCAUUCUUGUUACACCGUGGGUCCUGGCGUCCUCCCCAUGUGGGCACCUUGGCAGUAACCUCUGGGCAGAAACCUUGGCAGUAACCUCACGUGCAACUGUCAAGUCCUGAAAACCCACAGCACGAGCAGCUGCGUCGGUGGUUGCCGGGGAACUGCCUGAGCCCGCAAUCGGUCCCCACAGCCACAGAAGGCUUUAGGAGGAGCCUGACACUGCAGGCCAUUCAGCUGCUGCUAGCAGACAGCGCAUCAGCCCGGAGUGGCGUGCAGCGGCGGGGCAAGUUGAGGAUCAGCUCGGUGCAGGAGCAGCGACGCCUACACAGACAACAGAGUCAGUGCGGGCGCAGAUAGUGGCCAGACUGGGGUGGCGCAGGGGGAUGCUGACACCCAUUCGGCUGCAGGAUUUGACCGUCCGCCAGGCCACGGCGAUGCUGCUACGACCUGUGGAACAACAGCGGACGCAGCUGCACGCGGACUUCGCAAGCAAGGGAAGCACGAGGCGGACAGACAGCCCCACCCCCCGCUACGACGACAGCCACGAACCCGGUGCGCGCCAUGCUGAGCAGGAUGUGGCGCAUUCGGUGGGAAAGGGAGCAAGUGGAAGUCUUGUGGCGGCUGGCAGUGGACGGAGUGCCCCUGGCGGGAAACAGCCACAUCAGCGGAGUCCCGCCGGGAGCCUGUGGCUGCGGCACCUUUGGAGGAGUGCAUGGCGCAUCCUGCUCACCGCGCGCGCACCAUUUCUGGGAGUGCCCCGUGGCGCAGGCAGUGCUGGCGCAGAUCAACACAGCGGUGGGGCACACCAUCACCCGACAGCAGCUAUGGUUAGCAGAGCCGCCACACGGCGGAGUACAGCAAGCGGUGUGGGAUGUGGUAGUGCUUGCAGCCCUCUCGACCAUGGAGCGUGCCCGGACGCGGUUGAGGGCUGUGACCAAUGCAGCAGGGCCUGCGUCAAGUACUGGGCCUGCCUGCAUGGGCACGAAGAAGACAUGGGCCGCAGGACAAAGUAUUCUAAGUGGAAGAGGUUGCAGGCGAUCACGUGAAAGAGGUUGGUGGGGGCGUAGUCGGUCGUGCAUGUUCAAUUAACUACGAUUCGUACUGUGUUUGUGUGUGUGCAAGUUGCCACGGCUUAGCUGGUGAGAGGCCUUGGAGAGGGAGACACCUGCACGCAUUUAAGCAGUGCUGCUGCUGGGCGUGCGUGGUUGUGGCGGAACAAGAGGCAGCGGAGGGAACGCAGCAGCACGAGGACCCCCUGCACCACUAGAGAUCGCCAAGGCUGAAGCGGUGACAGGGUUUUGGAGGAGGCUGUACGACUUCGCGGGGCUAGGGGUGCCGAGGAAGGGAUGGCGCGAGGUUGGGCCGGCACAUCCCCUGCUGGCGGUGCAAGGGGGCCGCAUCAGGGUGCAGUGGGAAGAGUAGGAGGAAACUUUAUGAGGCACGUGCUCAGAACCCCAACCGCUGAAACAUAGCGGCAGUGUACCAGUGUGUUUACGUGUGUGCGGUUGCGAGAGGGAGUGAGUGAGACUUCGGCUCUUAGGCAGUGGGAGUGUGGGCGCUUGUUUGGGUCCUUUGCGGCAGCUCGUGGGUGGUCAGCGGUGCAGCUCCAGUUGGUAGGGCUUAGUGCGGUGGCUUUGUGCGUACUCGCCGGCUUUGUCUUUGUCUACGGGAGGCCUGUUUGAGGUGCAGCGAGGAGUCUGGACUUGUCCUUAGUAAGAGGCUGCUGAGUGUGAACGAGUCUUGCGUCUUUCGUUCUUGUACUGCGUGUCUCGUCUGUUUACGUACGUUGCGGGCUGUUUCCUUACCGCUGUCCAGCUGCUCAUGAAGAGCGCGGCGGCGUCACGUGUGCGCGGCUAGUCCAGGUCUAUGGGACUUGACUGCCGAGGGCUAGGGUUUUUGAGUGCCGGUGCGAGGGCGCUCUCGCCAGUCCAAGAGAGAC